AUGCUCCGGCCCAAAGCGAUCUUGUUCGUAAAGGAAAGAGGGGAUGUCGAACCGAAGGGCGACUCUGCAGUCGAAACCACUCCCCGACAAACGCUCUCUGGUACGGAAGCGAAGCAGUUUUAUGAGAACGUUCUAUCUAUGCCUGAAGAGUCGUCACCUGUCACCCGGGCCAAGAGAAGAAAAAGAAAGCGAUCAACAACCAAACUACGACAUCAUACAAGCAAACACGCGAAAACGUUGCCGGCUAAUACAACAGUGAGCCGAGUAUUUGGCUAUGUUCAGGAAGGUAACUUGGAAGCGGUGCGGGCAGCUCUCUCCAGCGGAGUGUGUGGUGUAGACACUACUGAUGAGUUUCAGUGGACUCUACUGAUGUCUGCAGCUGCUGCUGGCCACACUCACAUAGUAGAGUACCUCCUCUCUAUGGGGGCCAAGUGGAGAGACAAGGUGGACAAGAGGGGAAACACUGCAGUUGACUUGGCAAGAACAUCCGGACACUUAUCACUGGCGUGUUUCAUCGAAACUUACAGUGAUGCUACAGCAAAUGAAGAAGAUACUACUACGGAUUCCAAAGACACACAUUUGAGACGUUCACGUGACAAAUCAAAGAGUUAUUUCUGCGACGUGUGUCAGCAGAGAGUGACAGACAGCUUGCGGGAGAAGCACAAUACCUCGACUGUACAUCAGUUUAGCUGUGGCCACACAGUGCGGCCUCUCAGUAGCUACGGCAUUCCUCGCAAUAACCGUGGCUACCAGAUGAUGCUCAGGAGUGGCUGGGACCCUGAGAGAGGUCUGGGCUGCGAACGGGAGGGAAGAAAGUACCCCGUGAAGACUGUUUUGAAACGGGACAGACUUGGGUUCGGCAAACCCGACGAGGGACCGGCUGAAUCGAAAGCAAAGGUGACUCACUUUGCAGCCUUUGAUGAGAGAGCCGUGAAACGGAGGGCGGAGAGGUUUGAAAGGGGCACCACUCUGAGAAAGAAAGACAUUGUCGCAGCUGUUCGGAAGGACAGGGAGUGGGAGGUGCGGAUGAGGCGUUAUAUGAACAGUGAAGAUUUACCGAUUUGA